AUGAGCACCCUGUCGUUGUCCUUUGCCAUUCCGAUCCACGACGAAACUCGCCUGCAAUUCGUCGAUGUCAGGUGAGGGAUCAGACUGCGGAUAAGACCCUCGAUUCUUUCCAUCUUAUAAUUUGAUAUUCCUUCCCCGCGAAGUCCUCUGGUUUUGGAAUAUCAGUGUUUCCUCUCUUAUAAUUUGAUCUUCCAGUCCCGCUGUGAGAAUCCAUCUCAGAUUCCAUUUCCAGUUCCUGUUUCAGCUGAUCCGAGAUUCUUCAUCUUCCACACCGAGUAACCUGCUACAUCAGAACCAAGAACACCAGCACGAGCACGGAGGACGACGGAUGUAUGAUCUGA